AGCUUUCCGUGCCAAUUGUGCCAAAGCACUGAGCCAGCUCAGCCAGUACUUACAGUGCCAUUAAGUAGCACAGAACGACAACGACAGAAGGCCACAGAACAGUCGCACGAGCGCGGAGGACAUCUUGAAUCGCGUAGUGGAACGACGUUUUAGAGGCGGCCAUCUUGCAAUUCCCUAAUCAUCAACGAGACGAGACGGAAGAGAACCUCCGCUAACUUGCUGAGCUCUGCUGUCGCUUGUGUGUGCUUUCGUCUCGUCGUUCGCUCGUGGCUUCAUCGGUCGGCUUGUCGGCUAUCCGGGCUAUCCGCUCUACCGCAGCGUGUGUACAGUACAUAGUACAUACCCGCGCGCGACUAGGCUAGUUGUAGUUGUUAACUUUGCGUCACGAAAAAAAUAUAUAAGUAUAUACCGUGCACCGGGGAGUUGUGAAGCGUAUAUUAGCAGCAGAAGAAGAAGAAGUAGGAGAGAAGAGAGACCUCGAACCUCGAACCUCGAAGCAUCUGUCUCUCUCGCUCUCGCAAGCUAAGCGCCCUCGCCGUAGUCAUCGUUGGCUUGUACCAACUCACCGUUGCUCUGUGCUCUUUGCUGCAACAGUGAGUCCUGAAAAGUGAGCCCCAGUCUUUGGCCCAGCACGAGGCUCCAUACCUAGCCUGUACACACAAACACACAGAGGACGCAGUUCCACAAAUGGCUCUAAAGCGGAUUAACAAGGAGCUUCAAGAUUUGGGGAGAGAUCCACCAUCACAAUGUUCAGCGGGCCCAGUGAGCGAAGAUCUGUUUCACUGGCAGGCAACAAUCAUGGGUCCAGUUGACAGUCCAUACCAAGGUGGAGUAUUCUUUUUAACAAUACACUUUCCAACAGACUAUCCGUUCAAACCACCAAAGGUUGCAUUCACGACCAGAAUUUAUCAUCCUAACAUUAACAGUAAUGGAAGUAUUUGCCUUGAUAUUUUAAGAUCGCAAUGGUCUCCUGCACUAACUAUUUCAAAAGUGUUAUUGUCAAUAUGCUCUCUGCUCUGCGACCCAAACCCAGAUGAUCCUCUAGUGCCAGAGAUAGCUAGAAUAUACAAAACCGACAGAGAAAAAUACAACGAAUUGGCACGCGAGUGGACGCGCAAGUAUGCCAUGUGAUGCGCCAAUAUCCGUUAAUCUCCAACAUCUUUUAUGCCACCAUCAAAAUAAUACAAGAAAAAAACAGUCCCAGCCUAAAAUGCCAUUCAACGAUCAGCACUGAUUCAAUCUAAGCUAUAAUGGCUCGUCUGUCCUUCUAAGUAUAUAUAUAUAACCAACAUCAUUCACGUCGUUUUAAAAACAAAUCGGACUGUUGGGCUCCGCAGGGCACCGCAGGUCAGCUGUGAUCAUUUCGUAGUAAAGAGAAGUUCCCUCUUCCCUGGGUACCUUGCGCAACUCUCCCAAGUCAGGGCUACACUCAGACAUGCAAUGGCGAUUCGAAAAGGCGAUUUUAUUAAAGGAUCAAGGAUUAAGGUGGUUCUCAUCCCUCAAAUUAUUGAAAUAAAAAAAAAUUACAUUAAUUUAACAAAUUUGUAAUCUUAUGAUCACGGAAGUAACAGAAAAACAGACAAGAGAAAACAAAUAAAAUCACACUAUGUUCGCUUUUGAUUUUUGCAGAAAUAAACGAGUUUUUUAAUCAUAAUUCUAAAAAUAAUAUUAUAAAGAAAACAAAUAGGCAAAUGAGAGUAGGAUUUUCAUUAAAGUUAAUAGUUUAAUUUCUAUGAUCGUACUUAUAACACUGUAAUAUCUUUACACAUGUAUACCCCUACUUCUCAGUGGACAAAAAAAUGAUGGAAACACGGGAUGAAAACGUUUAACGCAAUCGUAAAAGAAUGAGGUUUAUGAACGAUUGUUAUUAUUAUUAAUUAUUAUUAAUUAUUAUUAUUGCGCAGUGGAAACUCCAACUAUAAGCAGCACGACGAUUGUUAGUUGAAUGAAAAAAAAAAGUAAACGCAGUGAGCAGUCAACGCCCGUCCCUCAAUACGAUGCGGUCAUUUUUUUGUAAGACUGGGCUCUAUACAUAAAUACUUUUAAAAACGA